AUGAUGGAAGAUUAUCGUGAUGGAUGUCGUAAGGCUGAAGAUAUUUUGCAUGUUUUGCGCGAUCGUGUCGCGCAAUUGCCGGGCACAAGAGAUAGAAAAGGAAGGCCGGUUAUUGUGUUUCCAGCUCGCGAAAGUUCGUCAUCGAUGAAUCCUGAUCAUAUUCGAAAUAUUUUGCUAUAUCUGCAUGCUGUUACUGCAGACGAUUUCAAAGGAAAUGGAUUUGUUAUUAUCAUUGAUAUGCGAAAAGGCACAACAUGGAGUAACGUGAAACCGAUUCUUAAAGCGAUUCAGGAACAUUUUCCGGCUAUUGUUCACAUUUCCUUAAUUAUAAAGCCGGAUAAUUUUUGGGAGAAGCAUAAAACAUCGGUUUCAACUGGCAAGUAUAAAUUCGAAGUACAGAUGAUUUCCGUCGAAGGUCUUACUCGUUUUAUUGAACCUGCUCAACUAACCAGAGAUUUAGGUGGAACAUUGUACUAUGAUCAUGACGAAUGGCUGGAAAUCAGAUUGGAACUGGAAAAAUUAAUCUGGCAGAUAAUUGAUGUCAUGCGUAAUUUCGAAGUUUUUCGUAAUGAAAUGAAAAAUGGUGAAUUACCGGUCGAUGUAAUAACAGCGGAACGAGCGACUGCAGCUCACGCCAAUUUAAAGAAAAAAAUUUUAAGUGCUCCAAUCGAUUAUCUUCAAGAUGAAGCUCAUCGGAUUCGCCAGCGGAUAUGUGGAUCUGGUGGAAAUUCUAAUGAUGAUGGAUAUAGUUCCUAUAGUAAUGUGCCUUCAGCUAAUCCUGACCUCGCAGCUGCGCUUCCUCAUCUUUCUUCUCUCGUUGAGUCUUUAAGGAGUUCCAAAGACGAUUUGUUUUUGCAAUGGGAAUUGCAUAGGCAGAAGCUUGAUCACUGUUAUCAACUUAAGCUGUUCGAACAAGAUGCAGAAAAAAUGUUUGAUUGGAUACGCAGUCAUUAUACUUUGGCCACCCAAAGGCUUUUUGAGAUUGGCGAUUCUGAGCAGUCGGUUGCAGUUAUGAUCGCUGAACAACUCGAAUUCGCAAAAGCUGCAAAUAAUACCGAAGUUAAUGUGUCUCAUGUAAUGACUGUGGCAAAGCGAUUGCGUGAUAUCGGUAAUUAUGGUAAAGUACAAAUUGAAAAUGUCGCUAUGAGAUUGGACGAUGAAUGGCAUCGCUUCAAACAAACAGUUGAUCAGAGAACUCAACUACUUGAUCUUUCAUUGUCUUUUCAUCGGAAAAGCCACUUUUAUCUUUCAAAUUUGCCCUCUUGGCUACGCAAGAAUAGCAUGGAAUCGGGCAAUCGAUUAUCAAAUCGUAUGGGCGAAGAAUUGGAAGCUGCGAUUGCCGAGCACGAACGUUUUGGCGAAAUGUUUUUGCAGGCUUAUGCCGAAGCGAUUGGUGACGGUCGUGCUUUAACUCAAAUGUUAAAAGCACUUGGUGGCGAUACAAUUGGUCAAAAUAAUUCUUACAAAUAUGUGGUGGAUUUAAUCCAGCAAAUCACUAGAUCACACAAAGAACUAAAUGCGCAGUGGCAAUCAGCAAAGCUGCGACUACAUUCUCGACUAGCUCUUAUUGCAUUUGAAACUGAUACUCACCGAGUUUUGCAAUGGCUUGAGCAACAUGGCGAUGCAUAUUUAAAUAAAAAUACAGCCAUUGGGACGAAUCUUUCACAGGCCAAGUUGCUUCAAAGAAAUCAUAGUCAUUUUCGAUCUGUUGCUUCAAAUACAUAUACCAAUGCAGAAAAACUUUUCACUGCGUCGAAUACCAUUAUUGAAUCAGGUGAAUGCGAUGUCAAACAAAUGACAAGUGUGGUUGAGGAAUUACGAAGGCGUAUAGAAUUAUUUUCUUCAAAGGUUGAAGCUCGUCGUGAUUUGCUUAAUAAAUCUGUUUUAUUCCAUACGCAUUAUACUGAAAUCAUGGAUUGGUACGGACGUAUGGAAAUGAAAGGUUCUCAAUAUGAACGAGUAUCAAUGAGCAUACCAGAGGGUGAACGUCGCAAAGAGGAGUGGAUGAUUGAAAGCGAUGCAACUGCACAAGCAUAUGGAACGACAAUGAGUGAAGGUCGUCAGCUCGUUAAAGCAUUGGAACAACAGGCCCAACUGAUGAAAAUCGACAACCGUGAAGCAGUUCUAUUUAUUGAGAGAUUAAUUGGUGACAUUGAACAACGACAUGCAAAAUUGGCUGAAAAAUGGCCUCGUCAACGAAACGCUCUUCAACUAGGCGUUCGUCUUGCCAUUUUCAUCCGAGAAUGCAAACAAAUUAGCCAACAGUUGAAAAACUGGCAAGAAGAUAUGUUUGCUUUGGUUCAGUCAGAAAAUUUUGUGGAACGUGCGGAGCAUAUUUUGCCAUAUCAAGAGGAUAACACAGCCCAAGUAAAGAAUGCUGUGCUUGAAAUAAUGAAUGGAGCUGCUGAGCUUAUUCAGGCAUUGGAAGCUAGUGAUUUGGCAUUGGUAAAUAGCGAUGGGAUUCCAUUAAAGGAUUUAAUUAUUGCUAGUGUUUCACAACUUUCCAGUUGUCAAAGAGAAGUCAUGCAGGUUGCUCAAGAAACGCGACAUCGGAUUGAACAAUGUAUGCAGCUUAAUCGAGCCAAUGUAAUGGCAUUACGCACUAUACAAAAUAUGCAAAAUGAAGAGCAAAAUUUAUUACGGAAUAGUAUGAUUCCAUCGAAUUUGGAUGAAGCUCUCGCAGCACAAGUUUCCCAUCGACAUUUUCAGCAUGCAAUUGAAAAUGUUAACCAUGUUGCCGCUGGUUUUAUUCAAAAGACUGAAUUGCUCAUUAAUAGCGGUAACGUUGAUGCUCGUGCUUUAAAUGAACUGAAUGAGCAAGUAAUGAGUAAAUGGCGACGUUUAGUGGGUCUUGCUGAAGAAAGAAACAAAUUGAUAAAAGCUGCUAUUGGAUGCUACAAAACUCUUCAUCAAGGAGUUAUGCCCAUUCUGGAUCAGUUGGAAAAAGAAUAUAGCGCAGAACCUGUAAAAGAUUGGUGUGCACUGAAAAGUGAAGAAUGUGCUGCCGAUCGUGCUCAUUAUAUAGCCGAGUUACUUUCAAAGCACAUGGAAUAUAAAGAGCGUUUCCUUAAGGGUUGUUCUUACGCUCAGAAGACUUCGGAACUGUUUUUGAAGUAUAUAAGACGUUGUGAAGCUAGCGCGGAUCAUAUUAAGAUGCAUGAAACUCGUUUGUUGAAUCUGAAAGCCGACCUUCGUGAACGGCAGACAAAAAUUUUAGAUUUAUGGAUGCAAAAGAAGCAACAGUUAGAUCGCUGUCAGCAAUCCGUUCUUCUUGAAGCGACUGUUAAACAGAUUCAAAAAGCUAUUUCUCAGAAUAUGGACUGGAUAAACCAGAAAGGAGAUGCUAUGUUAAAACGAUUUUUCGAAAAAGAUUUAACAAAAACUCGUCGAGAUCAACUGGAAGCUUACAUCGAUGAAUAUAUAACAUUUAAAAUAGAAGCUAAGCAAAGGCGAGUAGAUGUAAGCACAAUGCUAAAGCUAGCAGAAUCGUUUUGUUCAAAUGGGGUUCGAGAUCAACACGCUAUUGAUGUUGAUCAUUGGAUGAUGACUGUGCGCUCAAGAUUUGAACAAUUUUCUUUACGUUUAGCCGAAUAUGAAAGUCUUCUUUUCACUGCCACCGGUAGAAAAUCUGAUGUUAAUCGAGCGAAAGAGGAAUUAUCGUUGGACAGACAAAGUGAUUCGAGUUUGGAAUCCAAAGUUAAUUCUGAUCGAUUAGCAUCGGAAGUAAAUCGAAAAAUGAGAGAGCCAAUGAUGGAACUGAUAAAGUCCGAAAAAGAUUAUAUUGAUGAUCUGAAUAGGUGUAUUUGCUAUUAUUUAGCUGCUUAUCGAAAAGCCUCUAAUACAGUGCCUUUAUCUCUUCGUAAUAAAGAAAAAGAAAUUUUCGGAAACAUUGAACAACUUUAUCGAUUCCAUAGCGAAACAUUUUUACCUCAACUUGUCAAGUAUGAAAACGAACCCGAAGACGUUGGUUAUUGUUUUAUUUUUUCCGUGGAAAUGCUCAAUUCUCUCUACACAGAAUACUGCGUUAAUAAGGAACAAAAUAAUUAUCUCAUCGCUCUACCUGAAACCGUUCAAUUUUUCUCGGAGAUUCGUGAAAAGAAUAAUUUGGAACAUAGUCACGAUCUUCAAUCUCUGGUUAUUAAACCGGUACAAAGGAUAACACGAUAUCGCCUCAUGCUUGAGCAAUUGUUAAAAAAUUGCAAAAAUAAUGUUGAUGAAAUAAAGGAAGCAUAUGAUGUUGUCGUUAGUGUUCCACGACGUGCAAAUGAUUUGAUGCAUUUAGAAAAUUUCGAAGGAUAUAAGGAGCUUGGUGUGCUUGGUGAUUUUGUGAUGCAAGAAUCAUUUAUCGUUUGGGAUUCAAAAGCUUAUUUUAAAAAAGGUCGUGAACGCCAGGUUUUUCUUUUCGAAUUAUGCGUUGUUUUCGCGAAAAAAAUUGAACUGUCGAGUCGUGCAAUGAAAUAUGUGUACAAAAAUCGCCUUAUGCUUUCGGAAGUUAACGUAUGUGAGCAUGUGGAGGGUGACUCAAGUAGAUUUGCGCUAAGGCAAGGCACGAUUCCGAAUAAUGAGUUACGAAUAGAUUUGAAGGCUUCCAGUGAACAUUGUAAGAUUCACUGGGUGAAGAAGAUACGUGAAUUGAUGCAAGGCCUUAUGACCGCAAAUCUUGAUAUGCGUCAAGUGAGUGCAGGAAGAGUUCCACGACCCACAACAUUAGGUUCGGAUCGAAGUUCAAAGGAUAGUGAUGGUAUACCGGUGAAUGGUGACGAUAGAAAUUCUCUUCGUAGUUGUACGUCAUCAAAUAGCAAUCUUGAGACUUAUUUAAUGCGCCAAAAGUAA